UCAGAAAGAAGAAUACAUAUAGAGAAGUGUGAAUUUCCCACUGAAUUUACGCCGGUGCGACCAUGAAACCUGCCACUAUAUACCCCCCCUUACCCCUACACCCACCCCUCUUUUCUUCUUCUCCUUCCUCCUCUUCAACUUUUUACCAUCUCAAAACUCACUUUCCCCCCCUACUUUCUUAUCUGCAUGUGCCCCAUUCUUCAUCCCCUUCCUUCAAAAUCACACAUUUCAGCCUAAAAACAAUUACUUUUUCACUCCUUAAAAAUGGUUGCUUGAUUUGUUUCUGAACCCUUUGUCAUCUUCUUGUUCAUCACUAAUGGCUAGAGAAAAUAACUGGCUUUCGUUUUCUUUGUCACCCAUGGAGAUGUUCACUUCGCAGCCGAACCAGUAUUUCUUCAACGAUAAUUUCUACUCCAACGGUGGUUGGACUAACACCGGAAAAGACAACCAAGAAGGAGUGGGAAGUUUUGUGGAUUCCGACAUUAACAACCACCAAGCUCCUAAGCUAGAAGAUUUUCUAGGCGGCGACAUGGCAUCCAACCCGUUUCGUUACUCGGAAACCGAAACACAGGACUCUUCCUCAUUGACUCAUAUCUACGACGGAACUAGCCCCGUCUACUACACCGAUCAACAAGACCUUAAAGCGAUCACAACCGCUGGGUUUCAGACCAACUCCGGGUCCGAGGUGGACGACUCGGCGACUCAGUUCUCCGAGUCGACCGAGUUGGGUUACGGUCAACGGUCAGUGAAUGCUUUGUCGUUGGGAAUCACAACCACCACUACUACUACCACCGCCGCCGGCGGAGAUGAAAAGGCGAUCGUGGCCGUUGAUUCUGGUGGUCAGAAUAGUUGUAAGAAGAUUGCUGAUACUUUUGGGCAGAGGACUUCGAUCUACAGAGGUGUUACUAGACAUAGGUGGACUGGAAGAUAUGAAGCGCAUCUUUGGGAUAAUAGCUGUAGGAGAGAGGGUCAGGCCAGGAAAGGACGUCAAGUGUACUUGGGCGGUUAUGAUAAGGAGGAUAAGGCGGCACGGUCCUAUGAUUUGGCUGCUCUUAAAUAUUGGGGACCGACUGCCACCACAAACUUCCCGGUUGCAAGCUAUGCAACAGAACUUGAAGAAAUGAAAAACUCAACAAAGCAAGAAUUCAUUGCAUCACUUAGAAGGAAAAGUAGCGGUUUCUCAAGGGGAGCAUCCAUCUACAGGGGUGUCACGAGGCAUCAUCAACAAGGUCGUUGGCAAGCCAGGAUCGGCCGUGUUGCUGGAAACAAAGAUCUGUAUCUCGGAACUUUUGCCACCGAAGAGGAAGCAGCCGAGGCGUACGACAUAGCAGCAAUUAAAUUCCGGGGGGUGAACGCAGUCACAAACUUCGAGAUGAAACGGUAUGAUGUCCAAGCUAUUUCCAACAGCUCCCUUCCCAUCGGCAGCUCCGCAAAGCGCUUGAAAAUCUCUCUAGAGUCCGACCCAAAACCGGCCCAAAUCACAAACCAUCACCAGCAGCCGCCACAAUACAACAGCGGUAGUAACGGAAGCAGCAUCAGUUUCGCCAACAUUUCCUCAGCCUCUCCCAUUCCUUACGCAAUGCCAUUUGAUCCAAACUCCGCACCAGCAUACCAUCACCAGAACUUCUUCCAUCACCUCCUGCCCAACCACCCCGCAACCUCCGGUUCGUUGUCGACUGUUGGGAAUCCGAUGGCGCUACUGCCGCCAACAACUUCGGGCGAGUUCUUCAUUUGGCCUCACCAAUCAUACUAACACGUGGCCAAAGUAGCUUAGCACCAUAGAGAAUGCUAAUUUUGAAACUCUUUAAAGCUGACCAUUGCUGACCGGUUUAGCCUAGGUGAUCUACUUACCUUAGUAUUAGUAUGGGCUGGGUAUAAUGUUUCUGUUUUCUUAAAUUAUAUGUUUUUGGAGGUUGGACUAUAAUUGUCAACAGGUGUUUGGAAUGCUAGUUAUGGGCUUUCUUUCUUUCA